AUGGAACCUGUCCGCGACAACAUCACUGCGGUCGACGGGGACAUCGCCGCUGUCCAUGCGAACAGCGGCGAUGUCCCCGCCGUCGCUGCCGUCCCCGCCGAUGUCGUGGUCAACGGCGUGGCCCACAACGGGUCACUCGGUGGCCGCGAUACCACCCAGCUGUCCAUCCGCGGCGUGCCGCUCCACCGCCCGCUCCCGCACGAGCACCUGUCCGGCCUCGCGCCGGGCACGGUGCUCAUCUGCGGGCACAUGGUCUGCGUGCCGUGCUGGGUGGCCUGGGGCGGCGACCACGUCGAGUUCCGGGCCGAGGUCGAGAACGGAAGCGAAUAUCAAGAAGGAGAUUUUGACGAAGGCCCCGACGACAACGAGCAGCAGCUGCAGGAGGGAGAGGAGGAGGCGGAGGAGGGGGAGGACGACGACGACGACAUGCUGGGCCAAGAGCACCCAGACGAGAACGGGGACGAGGACGAGCAGCAGCAGGCAGGCCCGGAUGACCAGGACGACGGCGAGGGCGAGGACGAAGGCGAGGACGAGGACGAGGACGAGGGCGAGAUCAGCGAGGUCGACGAGGACCAAUUCCCUGACCCUCCUCCCCAACCCGCAUACGAGUGGCGGCCGCCGAUGAAGUGCCCCGUCUGCCAGCUCGUGCUGGAGCACCCGGGGUGCGGCUGCCCGAUCCUGCCCGAGGACAUGCCGCCCAGCCUGGAGGAGGACGAGGACGCCGCAGGCGGCCGGGAGUACUCGUAUGCAGACGACCAGUGGGCGCGGCGGUACCCCCAGACGUUGCCGGAGCGAGCGGACGGCGCAGUCAGCCCGUUCUGUGCGCCGUGCGCUGCCCGGAUUGGGGGCAAUUAG